AUGUCCGAAAAGGUCCGAAAAGCCCAGGAGGCGCCGGGCUACCGUAAUCCACCAGCUCAAGCUUUUUUUGGUGGACCGAAAUCGCCCGGGCGGCUGAUAAGCGUGACGGCCGGCGCUGCGAAUACCGAUGGUUCCCUGAACGAUGUGAAAGCCGGGAAAAUCGUCGCCGGCAAGGAGCCGGAGUUGACUUUAAAGCUCCUCCAAAAGUUCGCCCAAGAAGCCCGGCAACACCGCGACGGCUCCGCCGGCAGCAAUAAGGAGAAUAAGAAAAAGUCUUCUUCUAAGGAGAAGAAGGAAUCCUCCAAAUCAUCUUCAAAAUCAACAGAAAAAUCAUCAACAAAAGAUGCGGAGAAGAAGAGUAAAACUCGGGACAAAUCAAAAGAGCCCGAACCUAAAGAAAAGGAGAAAGACAAAACGAGAAGCAAGUCCAAGCAGCGGGACUCGAAAUCAAAGACGAAAGAAGCGGAUACCAAGCCCGACAAAGAACGCUCGAAAAGCAAGGAAAAGUCAUCAACGAAGGAUAAGGAAAAAAAGAGCUCAAAAUCCGACAAGGAAAAGAAGGAGAAGAGCGCAAAGAAGCCGAAAAUUGAGGAGCAGAUGCCAGCGUCAAGAAGAGGUUCUGUAGCCCGGGUACCAGAGCCAGGACCGGCUUUCGAGCACGUCGAACAGGAAACGCACUUGGAUAGUCAUGACGAAGAACAAUCAGCAACGGCAAAAACAGAGGAUAGCGGAUUCGGCACGGAAAUGGAUCGCACGAUCAGCCCCAGGCCGCCACCCCCGGAACUGAGAGAGCAAACGAGAAUUGGAACGAGUAUGGGUCGGCCUCAAACAUCAAUGGGACGGCCUGGAACUGCCGCUGCGAGAGCUGCACCUCCAAAACUGAAGAAGAAGCAGAUUCUGGAAAUUGAGGAGAAGCCGCAGGUUGUCGAGCCUAAAACCGAAAUCUUCACUGAAACACCAGCUGCGAACCAAGUGGAAGAGGACUUUUUGGUGGAAGAAGAAGAAGCUAGACAGGAAGUGGCAAAAGAGGAGUUUGACCCUAACGCUGAACAUGGAGGCCUUGUAACCCGAAUUAUGGAAACGCGAGAGCAAUUGGAUGAUGGUCAAGGGAGAAUGGAGCACGACGACAUAGAUGACGGGGAGAUGGCAAGGCAGAGGAGUCAUGUCGAAAACCUCCAGAAAAAUCUCCAAAGAGUCACGCAGACAGCCUUUCCGCUGGCAAAACUGUUCGAUUUUGCACAG